UUUUCCAACACUCCCGCGAUAGACGCCUUGUAUGUACUUGGCUGUGUUUGUGUAUGCGACAGGAAAAUUGAAGCUGGAAAAUAUUAACAAAAAUCCUGCAGAGAAUCGAUUUAAAAACGCACGGAAGCAGACUGACACAACAUGGCGCUGCAGACGUACGGGGACAAGCCGGUGGCCUUCCAGCUAGAGGAGGGCGGUGAAUACUACUACGUGGGCUCUGAAGUGGGCAACUACAUGCGGCAUUUCCGCGGCAUCCUUUACAAGAAGUAUCCCGGGAUGACCCGCAUCGUCCUGUCCAACGAGGAGCGGAAGCGUCUGGCCGAGUCCGGUUUGAGUUCCCAUAUUUUGGCCAGUUCUGUCUCACUGCUCCGCGCUGUGGAGGUAGACGACAUAAUGGCCGGCAACGAUGAAAAGUACCGCGCCGUCUCCGUAAACACCUCCGAUACGCCCGUGCCGCGGGAGAGCAAGUCGAAAAAGCAACCGCAGUAUGUGCCCACGAUGCCCAACUCCAGCCACUUGGAUGCAGUGCCGCAGGCUACGCCCAUUAACCGCAACAGAGUGCACACGAAGAAAGUUCGCACAUUCCCAAUGUGUUUCGAUGACACAGAUCCCACGGCCAGCCUGGAAAAUGCUGCACAGAAGGAGUGUCUGGUGCCCAUUCGACUGGACAUGGAGCUUGAAGGACAGAAACUUCGGGACACCUUCACGUGGAACAAGAACGAGAGCAUGAUAACGCCGGAGCAAUUCGCGGAAGUUCUUUGCGACGACCUGGACUUAAAUCCCCUUCCUUUUGUGCCGGCGAUUGCGCAGGCCAUCCGGCAACAGAUCGAGGCCUUCCCCAACGAUCCCCCCAUCCUUGAGGAGAGCUGUGAUCAGCGGGUGAUUGUUAAACUAAAUAUUCACGUGGGCAACACCUCGCUAGUUGACCAGGUCGAGUGGGACAUGUCCGAAAAGAACAACAACCCUGAGGAGUUUGCCAUAAAGCUCUGUGCGGAAUUGGGAUUGGGCGGAGAAUUCGUUACGGCUAUUGCCUACAGCAUUCGGGGUCAGUUAUCCUGGCAUUGUCGCACUUAUGCCUUCAGCGAGGCUCCACUGUCGACGAUUGAUGUGCCCUUCCGGAAUCCGAGCGAUGCCGAUGCGUGGGCACCAUUCCUAGAGACGCUUACCGACGCCGAGAUGGAAAAGAAGAUCCGAGACCAAGACCGCAACACACGCCGAAUGCGGCGACUGGCAAACACCACAACCGGCUGGUGAUCUUCCGGCGAUUCAGCAAUAUGUCACUAAAGUAAUACCCUUCUAAUAAGUACCAUUAUUCAUCUCAAAUAAAAGUGUGUCUGUCGAUUUUAAAA